AUGGCACAUGUUGAAGUGAAAGCUGUUAACAAAAAAGUUAAAGGGGUAUUUAUGAGAGGCCCUUUGAAAAGAUUGCCUCAUGGGCCCUUUAGAUCCCAGGCCGACACUGAAUAUAUGUAUUUGUUCUUUUGUUGCCGAAGCAUUGGAUCCCUUUCACUGCCUAAAGUUAAAGACUUUACUGUAGAAAACGAACCACUUUUAGAAUACUUGCCUGGCAGCAAAGAACGCAAAGAAAUUGAAGCUGAAUUAAAAAAAUUGUCAAAUAAUGUAGAAGAUGUACCUAUUAUCAUUGGUAAUGAACAAUUCAAGACAAAAGAUGUUAGAUAUCAAGUUAUGCCUCACAAUCACAGCAAGAAAAUUGCAAAAUUUUACUAUGCAUCAUCAGAUUUAGUAGCAAAAGCAAUUAAAGUUGCUACUGAAGCUCAAACAAAAUGGGAUACUGUGCCUUUGGAAGAAAAAAUAAGUAUUUGGCUUAAGGCGGCUGACYUGAUGGCGACAAAAUAUAGAAUGAAGUUGAAUGCAGCUACUAUGCUUGGUCAAUCAAAGACAGUUAUACAAGCUGAAAUUGAUGCGGCUGCUGAAUUAAUAGAUUUUAUCAAAUUAAAUGCAUUUUUUGCUAAGGAAUUGACAAAAUAUCAACCAAUUAGUGAAAAUAAAAAAGUUACAUUAAAUAGUUUGCGUUAUAGAGGCCUUGAUGGAUUUGUUGCUGCUGUAUCUCCUUUUAAUUUUACUGCAAUUGGUGGGAAUUUAGCAUACACUCCUGCUUUAAUGGGGUGUUCUGUUUUAUGGAAGCCUUCAGAUACAGCUUUGUUAUCAAACUGGGUGAUUUAUAAAAUAAUGACUGAAGCAGGAGUUCCACCUGGUGUAGUUAAUUUUAUUCCAGCAGACGGUCCUGUAUUUGGUGAUACUAUUACUGCAUCUCCACAUUUAUCAGGAAUCAACUUUACUGGAUCAGUUCCGACAUUUAAUCGACUAUGGACACAASUUGGAAAAAAUAUUAAUAGCUAUGUUAAUUUUCCAAGAUUGAUUGGAGAGUGUGGAGGCAAGAAUUAUCAUUUUGUACAUCCAACAGCUGAUGUGACAUCUGUUAUUAACGGUACUAUUCGAUCUUCAUUUGAAUAUUGUGGUCAGAAGUGUUCCGCAUGUUCUAGAUUAUACGUUCCUCAAUCUUUAUGGCCUAAAAUAAAAGAAGGACUACUGGAAAUUCGUAAUAAGUUGAAAAUUGGGGAUGUUAAUGAAUUUGAUUCAUUUACUUCAGCAGUUAUUGAUGACAAAGCUUUUAAUCGUAUUACUGGUUAUAUUGAACAUGCCAAAAAGUCUCCCAAUUUGGAAAUAAUUGGUGGAGGACAGUAUGACAACAGCAAAGGAUAUUUUAUACAACCAACUAUAGUUGAGACUAAGGAUCCUUUAGAUAAAAUUAUGACUGAAGAAAUCUUUGGGCCUCUCUUGACUGUUUAUGUUUAUAAAGAUUCAGAAGUUGAUAAAACAGUUGAUCUCGUCAUUAGUUCUACACCUUAUGCAUUAACUGGAGCUGUAUUUGCUCAGGACAAAGGCUUUUUAAAAAAAUCUCUUGAAACAUUAAAGUACUCAGCUGGUAAUUUUUACCUUAAUGAUAAGUCUACAGGUUCAGUGGUAGGACAACAACCAUUUGGUGGAAGCAGAAUGUCAGGGACGAAUGACAAAGCUGGUGGUCCACAUUAUGUUCUACGAUGGACUUCACCUCAAUCUGUCAAAGAAACAUUUGUACCAUUGACCGAAUGGAAAUAUCCUUACAUGGAUUGAUAAUGUAUUGGUUAAAACAAGAUCUAGUGUUUUGCUAUAGGUUUAUUUUAACACUAGCAAAACUGUGAUAUUGAAUCUGAUACUACUAAAGUGCUAAUUAAUUAAAUAAGAUAGAAAAAAGAAGCAAUUCCUUUAUAUUUUAUAGAAUAAAUAUUAUUUAAAGUUUAUAAAAAAAAUAUGAAAGAAUCUUUGAAUUUCACUUCAAAAAUAUGAGAGAUUCAAUUAAAAAUAAUUGUUUUUUAAUUUAUUAAUUAUUUCCAUCUUAUUGAUAUUAAUAUUUUUCCUACUGUAACUUUGAUAUACCCAAUUUUUAAUUCACCGGCUAUGUUUGUAGCUCUAGUAUUAUUACAGUUUUGAUAGUAUACUGAACUAUAUUGUUGAGCGUAAAAAGUGAUAUUUGUCACUAUAUAAUGCUGACCGAUAAUGAUCAUAUAAAUUUAUAAUUAACAAUAAUGUUUGUUUAUAUUAAACUUUAUUUAUUAAUUUAGUGAUGAUAAUGGCCUAAUAAUUUGUUAAUUGUAUUACAAACCAGAUAAUACUUGUAAUUAGAGAAUAAAUGUAUUUAUAUCAUUGAAAUAGUGUUGUAGUACUAUACUUCAGCCAUAAUCAAAUUAAUAAUUACUCAAAUUUCAAAAUUCUAUUUUUAUCUAAUUAAAAAUGUUAUUGUAUGAUGUAAAUAUGAAAGGUUUUUACAGUGUAUACGCACUCAUAAUAUAAUAUAUUUAUAUAUGUAAUAAUAUUGAGAAAAUUAAAUUGAAAUUAGAAAAAUGUAUUGUGAACAGAGUGUUGGUAAUUAGUAACAAAUUACGCAUCCAUUAAAAAAAUUAUAUUUGAAAUAUAACGUCAUUUUUUAUAUGAGUGAUGGCACUCCAAUUAA